CGUUUCCAUGGAGAUAAGUAAACACCGCAAGAAUCGUUCUCGUGUGUUAUUUUCAAUAAAACAAUUAUCUGUAGUCAGACUAAAGACAGGUGUGAUAAAAGUCUGUGGCCGCGAUGAAACAAGUGCGAACUUACAGUCCGAAUGUUCGAGUGGGAAACUGGCUCGAGGAUAUUGUUUUGAAGGAGGACAUGCUGAAGGAGUUUCUGGAGCAGAAGGACAGGGGAGAGCUCACCCUGCAAAGGAUCGGCACUCUACGGGACAACAUCCUGAAGCCUGUAGAGCUAUCCGUGGCACGGGGAAGUGUGCGUUUUGGAGACACGGUGAUGCUCCUGAACGCUGUGGCGUCUGGACCAGGGCCUGACUCCCACCAAGACCUCCACUGCCUCAGCAUCAUCGCUGACAUCAAACCCCAGACACGGCCCCAGCCAGACAACAACCAAUCACUGCCUGCCCCUUGCUACGUGAGCGCUGCCAAAAGCUUACAGCCCUGUGUCCGGAAUGCUUUUACGAUCGACAGUGUGGACGGGACUGUGAAAGGGGAAGAGCUUCGUUAUGGCCAAAGCUUCUAUUUGAGAACCACUGCAGGCUACGCAGGAGAACUGUACUUGGCCAGUGACGCAAAGAGCUUCCAGAAGUGUGCCCGGAAGUCCCGCCUACAGGAAGUAAGUCUGGUGGAGGAGCCCAGCUUCCUGUGCCACUGGACCGUCAAGUUGUUGGACCCCAAGAGGCGCCAGGAGCAGUGCGGAACCCCAGUGCCCGCAAAUACAAAGGUGUUGAUCUCCCACUGCAAGACCAAUCAGUGCCUGGCCCUCUUGAGUAACCAUGUCCUGUGGACCCCGUAUGGUAAGGAGUACGAGGUCACGGCCCACACGCUGCUGGACUCCCAUAAGGCAGAGCAGCCGGGCAACCAUUGGCUAAUGGCCACCGCUGACCCCGGUAACCCUGGCGACACACUCGUCCAGAGCCAGCAGUCGGCCAAUGGGGACACCGAAGAGGACUGCGGCGCCAAACCCGCACCUGAAAACAUCUAAGCUGCGAGCGUGCGCACACACACACACACACACACACACACACACACACACACACACACACACACACACACAAUGAUACACAUCAAUGCACACACACACAUAACACCUCUAUCAGAAUAACAUGAAUUUUGGACAAGCUUCAUAGAGUGGAGUUUUGAAACUUUUUUUUGAGAAUUAUGAAAAGUAAAUAUUGACUGUCAACAACGUGGGUAGGAAUGGGUGAUUAAGGAAUAGUGAACAUUGAUCUCAAUAAACUUGCACACAAUCAUGAUUA